UUACUCCUUAACCUUGUCUGGAGUGGAGUUUUAACUUUUUCCUGUUCCAAAUAAUAGUGGUUGGUAACCAUUCACGUCUAAGAAAAUGCUUUCGGACACCAAGUUUGAUUUUGAUAUUACAAAAUCCAGUGGAAUAGAAAGAGCCUUUUCAUGGAGUGACGUAUAUUCUUUAACCAGACAUGCAAACACAGUACUUUGUUUGGUUUGACACCAUAAUGUAUACUGAAGCAAUGCUUAACCAAGGGAUUGGAGUUUCAGUGACAAUUUGGGAAUUGGCACCAACAUAUUCUGAAGUCACGAGAAUACUGAGACAACUAGAGGAGGCCCAAACCCUACAUCAAACCUCUACCGAACACCUCUAAACAUUGACUCCAUGAAUGGCUUGCUCUUCAACUAAUCGAUUACUCUAAUAUAUAAUGAGUAGCACACUUCAUGUCUCUCCCUUCUCUGAAAUUCUGACAACAGUCAUCUUGUUCAUAAAAAAAUGGCUCAGUGGCAAUGUUAACCAAUUGAACCUCUUUAAGCUUGCUUUGAUGGGUUUAAGUGUGCGGUUGAACUGUAUAUAUGUGGGUAGUCCGGUACUUGAUUCACUUGCAACAAGGUAAAAGGGUCUUCGUACGUUACAACCAAUUCUACUAGCAUAUUUAUCAGCAUCUCCUCUUGGAUGGGAACUGUGGGUGUUGCAGGAGGAGGUUCCACAAAAGUGGCCAACCCAGGCAAAGCUACAAUUUUGGCUCUUGGAAAGGCAUUCCCUCACCAGCUUGUUAUGCAAGAUUAUCUCGUUGAUGGGUACUUUAGAGACACCAACUGUGACGAUCCUGUCCUCAAGCAGAAGCUUACUCGACUCUGCAAGACAACGACAGUUAAAACGAGGUAUGUUGUGAUGUCAGAAGAGAUCCUAAAGAAGUACCCGGAGCUUGCGGUUGAAGGCUUACCCACUGUAAAGCAAAGGCUAGAUAUCUGUAAUGAUGCCGUCACAAGAAUGGCUGUCGAAGCUUCGCAAGCUUGCCUCAAGAAUUGGGGCAGGUCUCCUUCAGAUAUAACCCACUUAGUCUAUGUCUCAUCAAGUGAAGCUCGGCUGCCCGGCGGCGAUCUUUACCUAGCAAAAGGCCUCGGGCUUAGUCCUGAGACUCAAAGGGUCAUGCUGUAUUUUGUGGGCUGCUCUGGAGGGGUUGCUGGCCUUCGAGUUGCAAAGGACAUUGCUGAAAACAAUCCUGGGAGCCGGGUUUUGCUUGCAACUUCUGAAACUACCAUUAUAGGGUUCAAGCCGCCAAGUGCAGAGAGACCAUAUGAUCUGGUUGGUGUUGCACUCUUUGGAGAUGGUGCAGGAGCCAUGAUCAUUGGCUCAGACCCAGUUUUAGGCUAUGAAAAACCUCUCUUUGAACUGCAUACAGCAAUACAACAAUUCCUACCAAACACCGAGAAAACAAUUGAUGGACGGCUGACAGAAGAGGGGAUCAGCUUCAAACUAGCAAGGGAGCUUCCUCAGAUAAUUGAAGAUAACAUUGAAGGAUUCUGUAAGAAGUUGAUGGAAGUUGUUGGGUUUCCUGACAAGGAAUACAAUAAGAUGUUUUGGGCAGUUCAUCCGGGUGGACCUGCAAUCUUGAAUCGGAUGGAAAAGCGGCUUGACUUGUCACCAGAGAAGCUAAAUGCAAGUAGACGAGCUUUAAUGGAUUAUGGCAAUGCUAGCAGCAAUACCAUUGUGUAUGUGCUGGAGUACAUGAUAGAAGAGAGCCUUAAGAUGAAGAAGGAAAGCCAAGGGGAUGAUGGUGAAUGGGGCCUGAUACUGGCUUUUGGACCUGGGAUUUCCUUUGAGGGAGUUCUAGCAAGGAACCUCACUGUCUAGUGUGAGAAUAUUGCCGUUUCUCACAUAUAACUUGAAACUUCCAUUUCAACAGAUCAUUGUAUUCCAAAAUCUAUAGAUCCAUAUUCUCUGGCAAAAUAAGAUUUGUUAAUUUAAUGAGUUA